AUGACUUUUUCUUAUGACUCUAUUCAAUUCUGCCAAGUCUUAUCUAUUUGUAAAGAAACUAACACNUAUCAAUUACGCUUCAAAGUUUUGGAGGAAAAGCUUAGAUCAUCUAAUGGCAACCCAAAACUUGCUGCUGAAGGAAGAAGCAUAAGCACUGGACCUUCCAGACGGCUAUCUCUUGGAGGAGCAGAACUGUCUAGACUGUCUUCAAAUGGCUAUCUAUCCAGGAGAAAUACAAGCUCACACACGGGAUCGCUCCAGUCGAAUAGCGCCAGUGCAUUGUUGAAGACUACCAAAAUCUCUUCUAGAUCAUUUGACGGUGGUAGUAGAUCACUGGAAAGAGAUAAGCUUGUACAGGAUGCCAUAGUAAAAGAUAAGCCAGCCACAGUAAGCAGUGGUGAGAUUCAAUUUUCUGAGACGACUGCUUCGUAUGAAGAGAAUGAAGACGGUAUCGCAGUUGAAAAGACCAAAACAGAGCAAGAAGAUUUCGUUUCUGGAGUACUGUAUGACAUGUUACAGAAAGAAGUGUUGUCUCUUAAGAAAGCUUGCCAUGAAAAGGAUACAACUCUCAAAGACAAGGAUGAUGCCAUUGAGAUGUUGGCAAAGAAGGUCGAUACUUUGAAUAAAGCAAUGGAAGUAGAAGCCAAGAAAAUGCGAAGAGAAGUAGUUGCAAUGGAGAAGGAACUUGCUGCUAUGCGUGUAAGUAGGGAGAGCGAUCAAAGGCCACGACGCCCGAGUGCUCAGAGGGGGGCUGUAGUUGGUUCUCAGUCACUUCCUGUCAGGAAUAUCCGAAACAGAUAGGGCGUCGACACGGGAUUAAACAUCGAUGGAAUGACUUUUUCUUAUGACUCUAUUGUCAAUAUAAUUGUAUUUUAUCAUGUCAUAAAACUCUACCCGAGCAAUUCUGCCAAGUCUUAUCUAUUUGUAAAGAAACUAACACGAGUUUUUCCAGGAAUUCAUCCUGUUCUGUAUAUUUUUGUACCAUUGGUAUGAAGAACAGCAAAUGCAAGUUAAAAGGGGAUGUCAUGAAUUCUAUAUAUUAGGUGAAGAAUAACUUUGUAU